UCUUGCUUACCUGUGACUCAUGUGAAAAAUGAAUAAAGACUGGUGCGACCUCGUCUAUGAUAAAUUUGUGAUCUGUGUGGGUUUGGUUUUCAGGUUUAUUGUCUACAAGUUACCCCAGCCUCACCAUAGCCCUCCAGCGGAGGGCAUGCAAUACAUGUAUCAAGAUGAAAAUACCCAGGGUUGGGUACAAGGCAGGAGUCUGAUGAACAGUACCAAGGGAGCCGUGGGUCGGACCCUGCAACAACUAUACACAGUGGCAAUACGGAGGCAGGAGGAAACUGCCUAUGUCCUAUACAAUGAUGCUCCUCCCAAAAACCAUUCUUCCACCCUCAAGGGCCAUACAAAAGGUGCCAUCCUUCUGGAUCAGAACCAGGGUUUCUGGCUUCUUCAUAGCACUCCUCACUUCCCUCCAAGUCUAGAUGAAAAGGAGUAUACCUGGCCCCACAGUGCACUGCUCUAUGGGCAGACCUUCCUGUGUGUCACCUACUCUUACAACCAGUUCAAAGACAUAGGGAAACAGCUUCUCUUCACUGAACCCCACGUUUAUGAUUGUCGCGUGGAAGGCACUUUUGCCCAGGAUCUGCCAGCAUUGCUGAAUGCAUCGGAGGGGCGGCACGUUCAGAAAGAGCCGUGGAACUCCAGUGUCCCGUUGACAUCAGUUGGGGGCAAAGAAUUUGUCAGCUUUGCCAAAUUUCGCUUCUUCGGUGAUGAUUUGUACUCUGGCUGGCUGGCCCAGGCUCUUGCCAGUGACCUCUACGUUGAGUUCUGGCACAGGUCUUCGGGGAUCCUGCCUUCCAACUGUUCUGGACACUUCAGGGUCUAUAAUGUGGAGGAAGUGGCCUUCCAGGAGCCGGCCACAAGCUUCCCCUCCAUGUCAGACCAUUCCAAGUGGUGUGUGGGGACCGAGAGUGAUCCUGGCUGGGCCUGUGUUGGGGACAUGAACCGCAAUUGUGCAGAGGAACACCGUGGAGGUGGCAUCGUCUGCUGUCGUGAUCCAGCUAUCUGGAAAGCCUUCUACUCCUUGGUACAGAAUUAUACUGACUGCGAUGGUGCAGGGUGCCAUUCUGUGUAUUAGGGGAGUAGAGCUCACUGAACUGGGAAAGGGAAA